AAAGCAAGGCAAAACUCAUAGAUACUGCUCACUAUUCAAUGUCGUCAGGGCUAGGAGGAGUACGGCAGUAGGGCUCUCUGUGCCUGUGCGUGUCUGUCUGCUCUCCCUCUUUCGCUCCCAACAACCACGCAAAUCACAAGGGCAGUCUCCGAUCCAACUCCUCUCCCCUCCUCUCCCAUCAAGUGUUGUGUGAUGGGAGAGAGAAUCCAGUCGGGGAGUUUCUUCCAGUACCCGCCCUCUGGCCUCCAUGCCUCUCCUCACCGCUCCUCUCCCCUUCCUCCCGAUCGAGAAAGAUACUUGGCUGAGCUAUUGGCUGAGAGGCAGAAGUUUGGACCUUUUAUGCACGUUCUUCCAAAUUGUAGCCGGCUCCUUAAUCAAGAAAUUAGACGGGUAUCAGCUUAUAGUACAAGUUUUCUGGAUCAUGAGAGACUUGACCAUGAGAGCCCACAUAGGCCAUUUAAUCCACAGUUAAAUGGGAGGCCCUUGGAUUUGGACAGGUGGUCUGUCAUGCAAAUGGAGGAAAAUGGGCAUCUCCAGAAAGCGGGUCUCUUUCAAUCUUCUUCAGUUGGUUGGCCAGGAGCUGUCAGUGUACCAACCACUCCUGUAGUGAAGAAAGUCAUCAGGCUUGAUGUUCCUGUCGACAAAUAUCCAAGUCAGUAUAAUUUUGUUGGAAGAAUCCUUGGACCACGUGGAAACUCCCUUAAAAGAGUCGAAGCCAUGACACAAUGUAGAGUGUACAUAAGAGGCAAGGGCUCGGUGAAGGAUUCUGUAAAGGAAGAAAAGUUAAAGGAUAAGCCUGGAUAUGAGCAUCUUAAUGAACCUCUACACAUUCUAGUGGAAGCUGAAUUUCCAGAGGAUAUAAUAAAUUCUCGGUUGGAACAUGCAGUGGCUAUACUAGAGAACCUUCUGAAGCCAGUGCAGGAUGAAUGUUUGGAUCACUACAAGAAACAACAGCUGAGGGAAUUGGCUAUGCUCAAUGGUACACUAAGGGAAGAAAGUCCGAGUAUGAGCCCUAGCAUGAGUCCAAGCAUGUCACCCUUUAACAGUACAGGAAUGAAAAGGGCAAAGACAGGAAGAUAACUGUGUAUGUUCUUGAAUUAUCGUCUACAAGACAGAUGUGAUUGACUGAUCAUCCAUGAAAGGCGAUUGCAGUUUUGAACGGCAUCUUAAGGAACAGAAUCUUGGGAAGCCACUGUCCAAGUACAACAGAAACUGCGACUGAGAUUUGGGUUGGUUAGUAUCAGGAUCGGCAUCAGCUGCAUGAUCUCUGAUUGAUGUCCCUGCGGUCCAUGUGAUUAAUAACUUAUCCAUUUAAUUCUGGAAUCGAUGUGGUUCCAAAUGAGACAUUGCAGUUUCUCUAUAUUUUGUGCUGUUAAGAGUUCUUGUACUUUGUAUUUCCUAAUCUCAAUAAUAUGUAGGUAGAUGUAGAAUC